CUGAAGUGGCCGUUCAAAGUACAUGAGAUUAGAGAUCUUGUGGAGAAAAUCGUGAGGAACAAAAGCGAUCUCUCAGAUGCGUUGACGGCCGAUGGAUUGACAGCGUUGAUGAAAGCUUUAUCUACGCAACAGACGUUAUCCGAAACUGUUCAAGAUGUUCAAAUCAAAUUGCAGCGGAUGGCUGAAGAGCAAGCCGAAAACGAGCAAGACGAAGAAAAGAAAGAGAUCUUUGAUUGGUGCUCGAGGGUCAACCCUUAUGAGAAACAUAGAAAUUCAAAAGCGCUUCGACAUCCAAAUACAGUGUUAUGGUUUUUCGAUACACCAGAGUUCAAGAAAUGGAGCCAAAAUCCAGGCUCUGCAAUCUGGCUUUAUGGCAUUCCUGGCGCAGGAAAGACUAUUUUAACUUCUGCUGCGAUCGAGGAAGUAAAGACCAUGGCAACAAAGUCGUCACGCCAUGCUGUAGCAUACUUCUAUUGCGAAUACCGAUUACCGGAGACACAGGUUCUUUCGAACAUCCUUGGAUCAUUAGUUAGACAAGUUUGCGCAUGCUCGAGCGAUGCAUAUUUGGAACUGGAAGCGUUCUAUAGCAAGUGCAACGAACAAGGCAAGCAGCCAACCUUGCCAACAUGCUCUGAAAUGGAGGACCUGUUCAAACGUUUAUCUCAAUAUUUUGAGUGCUUGACCGUGGUUAUUGACGGCAUCGACGAAUGUUCUGAACACGGAGACCGGCUUGAUAUCCUGCGAACUCUUUCUACCCUAACCUCCCAUGAAGAUGGAAACAUCAAGGUCAUCUACACUUCCAGGAAUGAGAUAGAUAUCCGGCGUCACUUUGAGAGCUUCGACAGCAUUUCGAUAGCUGCACGAGGCAAUGACCUGGAGCUGUACGUUGCCGCGACAAUUGAGACUCGGAUGCAAAACAAAACGCUCCGAAUGCGCGAUCCAGCCUUGAAGGAAAUCAUUAUCUCUACCAUUGUUUCCAAAGCCAAUGGCAUGUUUCAAUGGGCGAAAUGCCAACUUGAUCAUAUCUGUAUGCUGAGUACAGACAAGGAACGUCGAAGAGCUCUAGAUACUUUGCCUAAAGAUCUUUUUGAGACAUACAGAAGGAUACUCCUCAGAGUCGCGAAUAGUACAGAAAGCAACAAGCGCUUGGUAAAACGGACGCUCUCUUGGGUCCUCGACGCCGAACAACCCCUCCACGUGGACGCGAUUGCAAAAGCAAUUACCAUAGAAGUAGAUACGGACUAUCUUGACCCUGACGACAUUCCAGACGAAGACAGCAUCCUUAAGUGGUGUUCGAGCUUGAUUAGGAAAGACGAAAAGUCUGGCAUAAUUAUGUUCUCGCAUUUCACGGUCGAAGAGUUCCUCAUAGAUCAGAAACUACAGGACGAUCCGGAACUUUCGGAGUUUCAUGUUAACAAUUCCGACGAUUGGCAGCAGACAAUUGCAAAAACUUGCCUUACAUAUCUCAAUUUCUCUGAAUUCUCUAGGUGGGACCUUACAGAUUGGGCCAAAACUGAAGAGGAUAUCGAUAAAGAUCCGUUCCUCGAGUACGCUGCCGUGUAUUGGCCUGUACACGCCAGAGGUGAAAUUCAAGAUACCUGCUUUGACCUGCUAUGUCAACUUUUCGCCCCAACAAAGUCGAACAACUUUGUUCUAUGGCUGCAGAUAUACUGGCCAGAUAGGGCUCGUGGCAAGGCAGUCCCCAAAGCUGCAUCUACAUUACACGUUGCCGCUAGUCUUGGUCUAGUCGAAGUAUGUGCUUGGCUCUUGGACCAGAAAGUUGAUAUUAAUGCUCAGGAUCCUGUGAUGGGAACUCCUUUGCUCUCCGCUAUAUUAGGACUUAGUAACAACCUGGAAAGAAUGUGGAUGAAGAGAUCUCCGCUAGUGUCGAUGCUUUUGGAUCGUGGCGCGCGAGGCGAUCUUUACAUCUUGGAAAGCUGGACGUCCCCACUAAAACAAAACAAGAAACGCAGAGUAACAGCAAUGUCGAGUGUUCUCAAUAUUGCGCUCUGGAACAGAGAACUUUGUGCUGCUAUUUUCAAGGAUCUUCUCCACCACAAAGCUUUUUCACCAUUCUCGGAGUCGCCCUUCUGGUUGAAUUCAACACAGGCCUGGACAGUCAUCCCAAGACCACCUGCAACUCCAAGAUCUCUUCCUAUGCGAAGCAGAGAUGACCUUGUUGAAAAGGCACUUCAGAUCGUGGUCAAUAUGUUUAGGGAUAUCCUCACUGACCCUCUUUCUGAGAGCAUAGAUCAACCUUCGGUCAAUAAAAUGAUUUCCUAUGUGAAUUUGCACGGCAAGAGCCCGUCAGACGACAAACUAUUCACAGAAAUCUCGAAGCGGGAGGCCAUAGCUACGUCGCAGCAUAUGACGGCCGAGUUCGCAAUCACUGCGACCGAAAGUGGUCAAACGCAAGUCCUAGAGACCUUCAUAUCAAACGGCGCGGAUCCGAAACUUCUUUCGGAGUGCUUACCAGCAGCGUGCCGCUUAGGAAACACACAUUUGGUCAGGCUGUUGUUGGGAUACUGUCCCAGCAAUGAUACCAUUGUCCGUCGAUAUACUCGACUCUCCUGGAUUGAAGCUACCCUUGCAGGGCAGACGGGAUGCCUCAGAUCGUUUCUGGACAACGGGUUUGAUGUGAACACGUCGGUCACUCACGAAAUGACUGGUAUCAGCCCUAGAUCCGGAUCCGCUUUAGCCUUUGCUGUUUGUAAUGGAAUACUUGAAUCCGUCGUAUUUCUCUCCGGUGUUCCUGAUAUCGAUUUCGAAAUCACAAUUGAAGGCUGCAAUCUUCUUCAUUCCGCCGUUGAAGCACCGAUACACCGGAAAGACAUUUUGGAAAUUCUCCUCCAAAAGAAUGUCGACCUAUCCCAGUGUACUAAGGACGGGAAAACCGUUUUACAUUCUCUGCUUAGAAAUGGACAUGCAAUAGAGGAUGAGGAUGUGGCGCUAAUAAGGAGCUUGAUAUUGCGUGGCUGCAAUCCCCAGCAUGUGGAUGAGCAAGGACAUACGCUAUUACACGCAUUACUUAAUCGGCCGCAUAUCUUUUUCGCACUAAAUCUUGGGAAUGUCAUUGAUUUGAUUGACGUCGAGCGACAUAUGAAAAACUGCACGGACAAGAAAGGGGUUCUUCCUCUUCAAAUGGCCGUUCGUGGGCGAGCACAGGACAUGGUAAUACGCAAACUUAUCCCAGAUGAUAUUCUUCUUUGGAAUCCUCCUGAUUAUCAUGGUUCAAGCGUGCUUCAUGCCUUGGUAAUGCCAGGUCUUACCGAGAACCCACCACCGCCACCAACCCAACCGUCAGUGCUACCACGAAAGCGAGUGCCUGGACCGCCUCCACCACCUCCCUUUAUAAGCAACGGAAGCUUGGCUGAUGAUACCCAUAUUCUCAGAAUUCUGACGAUUCUUCUGGACUUCGAUCGUGUCAACGUGAAUAUAAAAAAUGAAAGAGGAGACACACUACUCAUCGCCCUUGCAAUUCAUUGCGUAGAAUCGUCGUCUCACAAGAGAGCACUCUGUCUCAAGCUCCUACUCGAGCACCACGCUGAUAUAAAUGCCUGCAAUGCUAAAAACUGGACUGCAACCCACUAUCUCGCCACGCUUGGAUAUCAGGCGGGGAUGCGAGAGGUAUUCGGCUACAACCCUAACUUACUGAUGCUAAAUGACAAUGGCUAUUCUCCUCUACACCAAGCCAUAUGUGAUGGUCGAUUAGGAAGUGUUCAGAUAUGGAUCGAGCGAGCAAAGACGCAGCAUCAGCAUUGCGACGAGUUCAGGAGAAGUUUCGAGCAGCCCUGCAGUCGAGGAUUUUUGCCGAUUCAUAUUGCAGCCAGGCACCGUCGUACAGACAUCAUUGUCUUGCUGCAUGAUAUGCAUAUGGUUGAGGAUGUCAACAUAAGAGUCGAGUCAGAUGGACUUACGGCCCUUCAUUUAGCUGCAACAACAGACGAUGUUGCAAGCACAAAGGUGUUGCUUAAAAUGGGGGCAAAUAUUGAUGCUCUUGACAAGAAAUCGCAAACUCCUCUACAUAUUGCCGCUUCAUGCGGCUCAGCAACCGUGGCAAAACUGCUAGUCGAGAACGGCGCCCGCACCGAUAUCAAGAACGAAACUGGCAUGCUGCCAUGGAUGAUCACAACACCAGCGAAUCAAAGCCUAAAGACAGCGUUAGAAAUGGCGGCACGAGGAGCGAGUGCCGAGCAAAAAGAGGAAAGUUCGGCAAUCGCAGGUUGCUCGGAAGCUGAAAGCCAGUUGGCUCAAGACGUUGACCCUGUCGCUGAGUUAUUCAAAGAGUCUAUCGCAUCACGAUUCUUACAUGUUGGCCCUCGAGGAGACGAGACCUCGAUGUUAGAAGCGGUCCUCAAGAGCAGACAUUACGCUUGCUUGAAUCUUCUCAAGGCCGGCAGUAAUCCUGAUCAAGUGUUGAACGAUAAAGGGGAGACUGCACUUCACAUUGCGUGUUUAAAGGGAUCACCGGGGUCUUGGCAAAUUCUUAACCAUCUUCUUGACUUUCAUGCUACUACUGCGGUCAAGGAUGAGACUGGCGAUACAGCAUUGCACAACGCAGCGAUUAAAGGGAGAUUCUCGAUCGCCGAGCGUCUUUUGAAAAGUGGAGCCGACAUCUUUGCAAGGAACGACAAGAUGCGCACCCCGCUACAUUUAGCAGCGGAAGCUGGAUCAAUUCUUACACUAAAAUGUCUCGUAGACCACGUCCGAAACGGCAGUGUUCCACAACAGAAAGAAGUUGCAAAGCCAGUUGAUAAAGAAAGUCUGGAGUCGAAUCAUGAACCCUCAGGUCAGGUCCCAUCCCAACACAUCCGUCCUAUAAUACCAAUAUGCUCUUCAGCGUUAUCGAGACUUCUCGAAGCAAAAGACGACGAGAGGAGGACACCUUUGCUCACUGCUUUGUGCCAUGGUGAAACCGAAGCAGCCAAGUAUUUGAUCGAGCAGGGCGCAAAUGUAGACGUGAUAACCAUAUGGCGCCGCGAUGCACUCUGGCUUGCUGCAGAUUGCGGUGACAAGGAACUUGUCGAUAUCCUCUUAUCUCGAGGGCUGGACCCAAACACGAGUUCCUAUUGCUUCAACGCUCUUCACCAAGCAGCGGAUACCGAAGGCCAUAAGGAGGAAACCGUCACUGAGAUCGCCUUGACCCUAAUUAAGGCUGGUGCAGACAUGGAUUCGAAUAAUCUUAUGAAGCUGUCAGCAUUGCAUUGCGCCUGUAAUGCUGGGAAUGUGACUUUGAUCAAAGAACUUUUGACCAGGCUACCAGCAGACGAGAUCAACGUCGAGAGCAAAGUUUGUGGUACCCCACUCUAUUGUGCGGCUUUCCGCGGAUAUGUCGAAGCUGUGAAAAUCUUACUCGAUGCUGGAGCUGAUAUCAAUAUUGGAUGGAAAGAAGAGAGUCCUUUGCAAGCAGCAAUAGCUCAAGAACAUAAAGAAGUGAUCGAACUUCUUGAAGAUAAAGACGAUGGCUCCACGGUCACCCCGACGUCUUCGUUGCAUGGCUCGGAGACUAGCGUGGAGCAGGAGUUGGGAGACGAGAUUUCGAUUAUCAGCUGCGAUACAGCUGGCAGCUGAUCAUAUACUCUGUCAUUGGCACAUUUAGUACAAGCUUCAGACGAGGUUCCUAAAAGCUCGGGGGAUUUGUCACUGCAAUCAAUGAUGCUUCCUGGUUGUCAUGACUUCUUGGGCCAGUGUUUUAGGAAUGUUCCGAGGCAUGGUCUCCAAGAUGCGAGGUAGAGAAGUACGGCUUGAAUGUUAAUAUUCGCGUUACAUAUACCAUCUGAUGCAAGAGAAGAAAACGAGCUCUUGAUUUGGAUUUAUGAAUACGUUUGGCAAUGAUUUUUCUCAGUUCUG